GCUCUAGGGAAAUUCCCACAUAAUGGAGUCCUUCCUUUCCUAGUACUUUGAUCAAUGCAUGGUUUGUUUACGGGUAACUGCCCCACACAGAAGGUAAAAUUGUUGUUUCUGUGUUCUCGUUGUGAAAUGGCACAACCCGGUGUUAAGUAUAUUCUUCUUCAAGAUCGUGUCGGACACACAGUUGAAAGAAGUGUGUUAUCGCUCGGCCUUACGACGAAGUCAUCGCCAAUGCAGGUACUGCGAGGCGAGUUGUUUGAAGGUGUUCCUGAAGCUGAACAGCCUGAAGAGUCAACUAAAGUAGCUGCUGUUGGAAUUGAACGUAAAUCGUUACGUCUUGAAUGUCGUACAGAGGAUUUAGCCCGCCUAUAUGGAGAAGACGCCAACUUGCUCUUACCAAUUUCAUCGGCUCAAAAGAGAUAUGAUACGUUUAUGGACAGAAAUCGUCUACCGUUUGGCCGAAAGCUUUUUCCCGGAAGUACUGUUUUUGUCGAAGUGAAAGGAGUUUCAAAAGAUUUGCCUGGUGUCGUCUGGUACAUAGGAGAAUUGCCGCCUGGCACUGGGACUUGGUUCGGAGUCGAACUGGUUAAAAAUCCUGGGUCAGGAACAUGUGAUGGAACCUUCAGAAACAAGCGAUACUUCAAGUGUGCACCAGACUCUGGUGUUUUUGUUGCACUGGAUAAAUUAAAACCACGAGACAAUACAGAUGACCUAAAAUCUCAAAAAAAUAGAAAGAAAGAUGAAAAUAUUCAGGCUAACAUAACAUCGCGUCUCAAGGACUCAAUACGAUCAUUUUGGAAAGGAAAACUUGAGCAUAAGUCAUCUCGAGGAAGUAAUGGAGUGCUUAAGAUUGAUGAUAGAGUAGUGACAUUUAUUGGGAAUAUUCCUGCCAGAGGAACUGUACGUUAUCUUGGCCAGGAGAAAGAUUCAAGUGGAAAUGAUUACAUAGAUGUAGGAUUAGAAAUGGAUGAAAGAGUGGGAGCAGGAACUGGUAAAAAACAUGGCUUUCAAGUCUUUGUUUGUGAGACAGAUUUUGCAGCAUUUGUUCCAUUAGAAACUGUCAUGCCAGAAAAAGACUUUGAUGAGAACCCUGAACAAUCUAAAAGACAUACUCCCGAAGAUGAAUCAUAUACAAGAUCGAUGAGCUGUGUAAAUAUAUCAUCAGAUAGAGGUGCAAGUAAGGAAUCUCUCAGAAAACUAAGAAGAACAAAUUCACUGACCACUGCAGAAACACAACUCAUAAUGGCAGCUGGAGAAUCCAGUAAAACUGAUACUUUGGAAUUCAUAGAGAAACAACGUGAGAUGCUGAAGGAGUUUGAGGGUAAAAACCUGCCAGACAAUCAAGAUAAUGAUGUUGUUAUGCAAGAUGAAGAAAGGACAGACAGUGCAGGAAAUUUUGACUUCAAAGAUGAUCAUUUUGAAAGCUCUCCUCCAGACAAGUCUGUUCACCAUGGGAAACAGAUAAUUACAAAACAGCCUGGUUUGUCCAAUGGAGACCCCAAGAUAAAACAUUACUCCCAAGCUGCUACUCUUGAAUAUCCUGAUUUUGUCCACAUAGAGAAGAAGGACUAUGAUAACUUGAGUAGGAAGCAUGAAAGGGACUGGGAUUCUAGGUUACCUGCAAAACACCCUUUACAAUCUAUUUCUCAUGGAUCACCACAGCAGAAAGAAGAAGCAAGGCUCCGAGAGCAAGGAGAAAAUGGAAACGACCCAAUUGUGUCAACAGCUGAAGUUGAACUGGAGAAAAGCUCAGGUGCUAGUGCAGAAAAGAUGGAUGUGGAAAUGCUGCCUAAUGAUCCUUCAGAGCAGCUGCAUACACAGUCACAAACCAUAUUACCCAACAGUGAGAUGGAAGCUAACACCAGAAAUGGUGAAAGUGGCUCAUUGGCAGUUGAUAAUCAUCAUGGUCUUGAAGUUGGAUCCAUGAUAGAGGUUCCUAUGGCUAAUGGUUAUCCAAGAUAUGGAGUUAUUCGCUGGAUUGGAUUUCUUCCAAAUGUAAAGGAUAAGCUGGUUGCAGGUUUAGAGUUGGAAGAGGAGCAGUCUGCAUGUUCAGAUGGAACAUUUAACAAAGAGAGAUACUUCACCUGCCAAGCAGGAAGGGGCUUCUUUGUUUUGCUGGAACAUUGCCGACCAGAUUCACGUUUUGAAACCAACACACCAACAAGUGACAUGAGUUUGGGGGAUAAAAAAGAUUUUGGAACUAUGCUCACCCCAGAAGUCCCAGGGGUAACCAUGCCUCCUGAAACUCUUCAGGAUAAACACUGUGGACAAAUGCGUGGUCUUCAGGGUCACCACAAUUCGUGUUACCUUGAUGCCACACUUUAUAGCAUGUUUGCAUUCACUUAUGUCUUUGACACCUUACUACAUCGUAAGAAAAGAGAUAAUGAUCUGUUGGAAUAUGAAAAAGUACAGACUGUACUGAGAGACUUCAUUGUUAAUCCUUUGAGAACGUAUGGAUUUGUUCGUGCAGACCGCCUCCUUAUGCUGAGACGACUCCUUGACCAGCUCAGCUCCACAGCAGGCCUGGUAAACGAAGAAAAAGAUCCAGAAGAAUUCUUAAACUCUCUCCUGCAGCAGGUGCUGAAAGCAGAUCCUUUUCUUCACCUCAAACCCCGAGAUGUUCAAGAAAAGGACAGCGAAGGAGCGUUCUUAUAUCAGAUCAUAACAGACAAGGAUGAUACUGUAAAAAUUGCACAGGUUCAAAAGCUUUUAGAACAAUCGUUUAUCUCAGCGGAUCUCAUAUUGUCCGAGGUUCCCUCGUGCUUAGUUCUUCAGAUGCCUCGGUUUGGUAAGAGAUACAAAAUGUACGACAUGAUUCUACCCAAUCUGGAACUCGACGUCACACACAUUGUGGAAAAUGUUCCUCGAGAAUGCAGCUUGUGUGGCGUUGAAGUAGCUCAAUAUGAAUGUAAAAAAUGCUAUCAAACGGGCCUCCUUGGGGCUGGCUCCAGCGGAAUUGCAAGUUACUGUAAGAAAUGCAAUGAUGCCGUUCACUCGCAUCCACUUCGCCAGAAUCAUAAACCUUGGCCAAUACUUCUCCCAAGGGUUUACAGUCAAUACAGCGAUGGGAGGAAAACAGGGGAGAGGCAAAGAACUCUUGAUAAGCAGAAAAUGGAACUUUUUGCCGUUGUCUGUAUCGAGACAAGUCAUUACGUAGCGUUUGUUAAGUGUGGUCCCGGAGCAGAGGCUCCCUGGUGUUUCUUUGACAGUAUGGCUGACAGGAAAGGGGAGAGAAAUGGUUACAAUAUCCCUGCAGUGACACCAUGUCCUGAAGCUCUGGAAUGGCUCUCCAAAACUCCCGAUGAAAUCAGUGCAGCGAAGGAGAGAGGCGAGAUGCCUGAAAAAGUCCGUCGCCUUCUAGGGGAUGGAUAUCUCUGCAUGUACCAAAACCUGGAAAUGGUUAUGUACAAAUAAAUCAGGAGAAUUGCUUGUGGUCACACCUACAGCCCAUUCGACUCGCGUAGCUUACACGAGAAUCGAAAAUGAACCGCCUCUUUGAUAGGAGAUCAAGGAAGCUACUUUGCGCCAUAGGAACCCAAGCUUCCAAGCUCAGAUUUCGCAAUCGCUAUAUGGCUUCGUGAAUAUAAAUCUGCAGAGAUAGAAAUUUAGUCGCAAGGAAAAAAGGAAACUUAGGAUUUUUGUAUCAAAUAUUACAUAAAGACGUACUGAUUCACAUUUAGCACGCGAAAACGACAUGUGGAAAUUGGGGGGGGGGGGGAGUCUCUAAAGAAACUGUGGUGCUGCGUCGGUGG